AUCCCGCCCCUCGCCCUGCCUCAGUUUACACUCCCAAUAGUCCCCGAGCGCGACCUACCUUAGAUCGCCCCAUUGAUCCUCGUUGAAGAAGCCUUAGAACACCUGCAAUGGCAGCCUAUCAAACUGGCCGUAUGUCCGAUCCAUCGGUGCUCAACACCAAUGCUAUCACCCAAAGGCUCAACAACUUCACUACUGAGACUGCCGGAGUAGACAAGUCCAUAGGCUACCUCGACAUCUUUGUCCACCAGGCGCGCGAUAUCAACAACGUCUGCAUCUACCACAAGCAGGAUGUGUACGCAAAGCUGUGCUUGACAAGCGAUCCAGAAGUGUCAUGCUCAACCCAGGUGAUCAAUGGCGGUGGACGUAACCCGGUAUUCGAUGAGGCUCUGAAGCUCGACGUGCGCACGGUGGAGGCUUCGCUGAAAUGCGAGGUCUGGAUGCUGAGCAGGGUGAGGAACUACCUUGAGGACCAGCUUCUUGGCUUCACCGUUGUUCCUUUGGUCGACAUCCUAGUGGCUGAUGGAAAGCUGGCCCAGGAGUUCUCCAUGUCAUCCACUGACCUGUUUCACACACCAGCCGGGUUUGUGCGCCUGUCCCUGUCUUAUAUUGGUAGUUCUCCGGAUGUCAUUGAAAUAUCGUCACCGGAGAAGUCGGCAUCUGCUGUGACCGAUUCUGGCAAUGACAACUUGGAUGCUGCUGAGAUCGAAAAGAUCGAAUUCCCAGACUUGAAUAUGGCCAGGGAGAAUGAAACUAUGGUCUCCAAGUAUUUCGAGAUGGAGACCUUGGAAACAUAUGAGAAUCUAGUCAAAGCUGAGAACAGCAAGUUACUCCAGAAUGAUGUAGUUAUACCUGGUCCUGAGAUAUCUACUGUCAAUCCUGAGGAAUGUCCUGACGAAAGCAGCUGUGUAUCAACAGCAGACCCGCAGUCGGUCUCCGAGCCGUCGGAGACCGCCGCCGCGGCUUCUUCCAGUGAAAUCCAGAGGGAGAAGAGCCAAAAUGUUACGGAUGGCGAGGCUGAUUCUUCUGAAGCGCCUCCACCCAAGGAUGAGCUUGUCCAGACUUCAGUGAUCGGCGUCAACCUCCAACCUGGGGAAUCUGUUGUCCAGCAGGACAUAGUUGACAUGUACAUGAAGAGCAUGCAGCAGUUCACCAACUCCCUUGCGAAAAUGAAGCUCCCGUUCGAUGUCGUCGAGAACAUUACUAGUCCCUCCGCCGAUGAUAGCACCGACUCGAUUACAGCUGAGAAGUCGUCGCCAUCGAAGGGUUCAAGAGUCUUCUACGGAAGCAGAGCCUUCUUCUAAGGUUCAUCUGAUAGCUAGGGUCGCACAUAGUACUACACUAUACACUCACUCUACACUUUGGUAUUUGCUAAUGGUGUUAAGCUUUGUUUAAAGGACUGAGAUUUCAUAAUAAUUCAUCAGAGCUGUAGAUUCAGCUUGUAUAACAGUGCUUCUAUUGCACUGAAGUAACUU